AUGUCUGCAUCACGCCUAUUCGAGCCCCUCAAGCUGGGCAAUGUCACGCUUCAGCACCGUAUCGCCAUGGCCCCUCUGACCCGGUUCCGGGCAGAUGAAAACCAUGUGCCGCUGCCUUUUGUCAAGGAAUACUACGCCCAACGCGCCUCGACCCCGGGCACCCUCAUCAUCUCCGAAGCGACUCUCGUCUCCAAAAAGGCCGGCGGCUACGGCCUCGUCCCCGGCAUCUGGACCAAGGAGCAAAUCGCCGGCUGGAAGGAAGUGACGGACGCGGUACACGCCAAGGGCUCCUUCAUGUACCUGCAACUCUGGGCCCUGGGCCGCGUCGCCGACCCCAACAAUGCCGCCAAGGAGGGCAUCGAGAUCAAGGCCCCCAGCGCGAUCCCGCAGGCCGAGGGCGCCACGGUGCCCCAGGAGCUGACCCAGGACGAGAUCAAGUCGUUCGUCGCCGACUAUGCCCAGGCGGCCCGCAACGCCGUCGCCGCCGGCUUUGACGGCGUCGAGAUCCACGGCGCCAACGGCUACCUCAUUGACCAGUUCAACCAGGACACGGCCAACCAGCGCACCGACGCCUACGGCGGCAGCGUCGAGAACCGCUCCCGCUUCGCCGUCGAGGUGGCCUCGGCCGUGGUCGACGCCGUCGGCGCCGACAAGGUCGGCAUCCGCCUGUCGCCCUACUCGACGUUCCAGGGCAUGCGCAUGGCCGACCCCAUCCCCCAGUUUACCGACCUGGCCCGCAAGCUCAAGGCCCUCGGGCUCGCCUACCUGCACUUGGUCGAGGCCCGCAUCUCGGGCAACGCCACGAUAGAGACCACGGAAAAGGUCGACUUUCUCAUCGACGAGUGGGACAAUGUGUCGCCCGUGCUCAUUGCCGGCGGCUUCACGCCCGAGAGCGCCAAGCGCGCCGUCGACGACGAGUACAAGGGCAAGGACGUCGUCAUCGUCUUUGGGCGCCACUUUAUUUCCACGCCCGACCUGCCCUUCCGCGUCCAAAAGGGCAUCGAGCUGACCCCGUACGACCGCAACAAGUUUUACAAUGCCGGAGAGGAGGAGGGCUACAUUACCUGGCCGUUCAGUGAGGAGUUCCAGAGCCAGCAAAACGCCAAGAUUUAG